UCUCUCUCUCUCGCUCUCGAUCUCUCCCUCUCAGACCCCACUCUGAUCUUUCAAAGGAAAGGUGAGCUGAAGCAGCCUCUCUUUUAGAAAUGAAAGGUUAAAGAGAAGCUCUAAUCUCUUCUCACCCCUCUUCUGUUUCUCUAUCUCUCCUUCUCGACAAAGCCCUAAUUCAACCCAACCCCAUAUGCGACAAGACAAAAACUAUCUGUUCCAGCAAUCUCUCUUCUGCAACGAUCAAUCUCAUGAUCUGUGGGUUGUUUAUUCUCUUCUUUGAACAUACACUUACCUCACAGACAAAGAAAAAGGCAUGGAAAGGACUUUUUUUUGGCAGAUCAGAGCUUUAAAUACAUAGUCAUCUCUCUCUCUCUCUCUAAAAGAGAGACAUGGAUUCUGGAAAUAGUGGGAGUCUACAGUCAUCGAGUGGUGGUGAUGAGGAAUACGAUUCACGCGCCGAUUCGAUCUCAGCUUUCAUGUACAACCCAACAGGCCAUGUUGUUCCCAUUCCACACCCCCCACCACAACCACCACCGCCAGCACACUCAACCCUUCCUUCCUCCAUGCUUGACCCACUACCAAAUUACUUCGACCCCAUGCCACGACCACCGCAGCCCCUUCCAAACCCGAGCUCUCUUCUCAAUCUAGACAUGGUCUGGCCCAAAACCCAAAGAUCUGAACCCAAUAGCUCCGAGAUCAACCAUGUGAUGGCGUCUUCAUCUUCACUCCAACCCUUUUUCGGCUGUCAAGGUCAAUACCGUGGUCAUUUCACAGGCCAAUCACCGGCGGUUGCAUUUCCUCCGGCGUUAGAAACUGCUACACCACGAGCUUCAUCAUCAACUACCUCUGAUCAUCAGACCCAAAUGGUUCGUAAUCCAAAGAAAAGAUCAAGAGCUUCAAGGCGUGCACCAACCACUGUACUGACCACAGACACCACCAAUUUCAGAGCCAUGGUUCAGGAAUUCACAGGCAUCCCAGCACCACCCUUCACAUCCUCACCCUUCCCUAGAAGUAGACUUGAUCUUUUCGGUACACACUCCACCAUAAGAUCCAACCCCUUGGACAGUUCACAACCACCCUAUCUCCUUAGACCCUUUGCUCAAAAAGCUCAACUACCACCACCAUUUGUUUCGUCUUCUUCAUCAUCUUCUUUUAGUCCUUCUCUGUUUAGUUCUCCUCCUACUACUAACAACAUCACUUCUGGUUCAACAAUUAGUGCUUCUAAUUCGAUUUCAAUUAACUAUCAGCUACCUUCUGAAUUAGGCCCUUUUAAGCAGUCUCAGAGUAGCCCUCUACUCAACAUGCAAAACCCAUUUAACUCAUUUCAGUCCCUCCUUCAAACUCCUCCAAAAUACCCACUGGCCAAUUCAGCCAUUCUUGGUUCAAAAGCUCAAGAAAUUCCAUCAAGUGAUUCACAUCUCAAAAUGGGUUUUGUGGAUGAACUUGGUUUAAGUCAUGGGCAUGUCAACACUACCAUUACUCAUGACCUCCCAAACCUCGUCUCCUCCGACGGAACGACGUCGAGGAACUACAACAAUCCGGAAAGUUGGGGCGGCGCAGUGGGUUCAAAUGAUACUGAUCAAAGUCAUCUGAGAUUUGUCAAUGGAAGUUUCAACUCUUCUCGGAAUGUUUCAAAUGGCAAGCUAAAUUACUCGGCUUCUUCAUCUAAUUUUCAGGGCGAUAAGGUGUCGGAGAAUGUUUCGACAAGAGGUGAAGGUAUGGUGGAAUCAUGGAUUUGCUCUUCAGAUUAGUGAUCUUCCAAAUUAUUACAUGAUUGAAAGUAAGGAGGCAAUGAUGGUGGCUAUCAUAAGACAUUGGAAAAAGGUUAAAUAUUGUGGUUUUUCAUGAUCUUAACCAUGACUUUCACGAAAGCUAGAACACUGUAGUUCUUUAAUUAUGUGUAAAUAAUAGCCUCUUCAUCUUCCUUUGUUGUUUUUUUUUUUUUUUUGGUCCUCCACAUGGUAUUGUUCAUCAUACAUAUACAUAUACGAACUAGCUUGGUUAUGGACUCCUGCUUUUCAUUUUUUUU